AUGAAUAUCCUCAGUUGGAACUGCCGGGGUUUGGGUGGCACCCGGACAGUUCGAGAACUCUUGGGCGUAUCGUCCAAGGAGCGACCCUUCUUCGUUUUCUUAACAGAGACGAAGGCAAAAGCGGACAAAAUUGAGGAGGUAAGAGUGAAGUUGGGGUUUGAAGGGGCAGUUUCGGUUGACUGUGUGGGCAGGGGAGGAGGUUUAGCAAUGUUCUGGAGAGAUGCUGAGGCGGCUUCAUUUCUCAGUUACUCAGUGAAUCAUAUUGACAUAGAGGUCAAGCAACCAGGUAAGCCGAUGUGGAGGUUGACCGGAUUCUAUGGGGAACCCGACAGGUCUCGGAGGCAUAUCACCUGGGAAUCCCUACGGCAACUCAAGGGCCGAUCAUCACUCCCUUGGGUCGUUGUAGGGGAUUUCAACGACAUAACGUGUCUUUCCGAGAAACGGGGUACUCAUUCGCAUCCGGAGGCCCUCAUGGAUGGCUUUAAUGAUGCGUUGAAUGAAUGUAAUUUGGUUGAUAUGGGAAUGUCAGGAGGUCAAUUCACAUGGUCGAAGGGACAUGGUACUGAGGCGUGGGUGGAGGAAAGGCUCGAUAGGGCGGUGGCUACGGUGGAGUGGUUGGAGUUACACGAGGAUACAGAGGUUCGUAAGGUUUACACAUCACAAUCUGACCAUAGUGCUAUUCUCGUGGACAUGGAACAGCGUCCAAUACGGCAUGCACGAAGGUCUUUUAAAUUCGAGUCUGCGUGGUUGUUGGAGGAAGGUUGUGCAAUGGUAGUUGAGGCGGCGUGGGGGCAGUCUCGUGGUAUGGAGUUUCAGCACCGAAUAGAGCUUUGCGGCCAACAGCUUCAGCGAUGGGGCAGGGAGCAUUCAAGCCAGUUCGGCAAUAGGAUCAAAAUCCAUCGAAACAGACUGGCUGUUCUGAAAGAGGAUAGGGAUCCGCAGGAGUGA